GACUCUCGAACACUACUAAAUUUUGGUGACAAUCACGUCGUCGUCUUCUUCUUUUUAUUUUUGAACCAUUUCUUUUAUCUAGUUAUACUUCCUCUUUAUAUGCUCAAGAGCUUCUUUAGUUGCUUGACAAGUAGCAACAUAUAUUCAACUUCUAUUACAGAGUACGCAAUGCAUCAAUGUUUAUUUCUCCACUAUACUAUUGCUCUUUUAUAUUCAAAGUGUAACAUUGACAAUGGUGUAGAUUUCUAGUACCUUUGAAGAUCAAUGUGUCCUGUAAGAAUCAACUUUUUAAUCGUCGUAUACAGACAUGUAGUCCUUCUGAUAUUUUAUCCUUACACUUACGUAUCCUAAUUCAAUGCUUAAGAUAAGAUUUGUUUUUAGAAAAGAAAUAUGUAGGGAAGAAGAAACGACGUGGAAUGGAACGGUGGAAUAGGGUGUCGUGUCAUUCAGAAGCCUUCUCCUUCCCUGCAAAAUCAGAAGAAUUGCAAUGGCACUUUUGUCAAUCCUUUCCUUAACCCCAUUUCUCCAUUACUAGGGUUUUACAGUGUCGCUAAUGAUCUUACAUUCUCCCCUUCUUUAUCUCCCUCAUUCAUUUUUCUCCCUAAUCCUGAAAUGGGUUUCAUGGAUUUAAGCCAAAAGGGACUUUUGCUGGCGGAUACUAAAUGUUGUGUUGAUUGUAAGACUACUAAAACUCCUUUGUGGCGUGGAGGCCCUACUGGACCUAAGUCACUGUGUAAUGCAUGUGGGAUUAGAUUUAGAAAGAGAAGAAUAUCCACCAGAGGAACGAACAGACGUGACAAGAAGAGGGAAAAAGUUAACGACAAUCACUCCUCCGCCGUUGCCACCGUGUCAGCCACCACCACUUCCUCAAGUGGGACGACCAUCACCACCACCACCUCCUCCUCCGGCGUGGAUGGAGAUGAGAAUUCAGGGGAGUGUGGGUCAUUGAGAAUGAGACUAAUGAUGUCAUUGGAGGAGGAUGUGAUGGUGGUGAAGAAACAGCAGUGGCAAUGGCAGAGGAAGGUCGGGGAGGAGGAGAAGCAAGCAGCCAUGUCUUUAAUAGCGCUGUCGAAUGACUCUCUAAUUUCCUGAGGAAGAAGAAAGGAAGAAGGUACAGAGUUAGGAUUUAGUAAUUUACUCAUAGAAGUUCUAACCUAUAAUACUAAUUACCAACCAAAUCAUCACUUUUUUGGGGUUCAAAAUGAAUGAAAUUGGAAGAAGACUAGUAAUUGGAUUCCUUUCCAAAAAUGUUAGUUUUAGCAUUUAGGCAAUGAAGAAGGACAUUGGGGAAUUCAAAAUGAUAUUAUGUGUAGUUGUAGUGUUUUUAUUUUCUAAAGUAACUAAGUGAUGUGUAGGUAUGCCAAAAAAAGUAGUACUACAAAUUAGCCCUUCCUCUCUUAACCUAAUUUGUGUUAUAAGUACUUUGGUUCUAAUUAUUUCUCAAUCAUGGGUAUGGGUUGACGUAGUUCAUCAAAAAGGAUGGAGCAGUCCCAUCUAAUUCAAUAUAAUUUAAAGUUAUUUUAAAGCUUUUAUGGGUA